UUAAUUCUCCGGAAGUUAAAAUCAGGUGAAUCCGAAAAGUUCUGAAAAUCAAUUUGCAGGUGUACAUUGUAAUAAAACGUAACAACUGAGGAGAAUGCUACUACUUUAAAGUUGAAUAUAAUGCUGUAUUUAUUUUUCCAAGGACAGAUUCACUUGGCAUCGGGCUAGACUCCCAGUAGUUGAGGCCAGGAGGUGGCAGCACCAACCAAAUCACAGGAGGUAGGACCAAGCACCCACAAUGCAGUUCAGACAGCGCAUGGCCUGGUUAAUGGUCAUCAUAUUUCUUGCUGGGACAUGUGGAAUUGUUUAUUACAUAUUUGAUGUUAGCGAACAAUUCAAUCAGUUUGCCUUGGACCAUGUGCAAAAGUAUCAUCAAGGAAUACAAGAAGAUGAAUCGGAACUCUCAUACUUUAGAUCAUUCAUGCGUCACCUCACAGACAUUCCAUUGCCGUUAUGGAUGCUAUUAUUCUCAUUACCCUACCUCCAGGUCUUCUGUAUGUUAUUAGCAUGCACGAAACCUGAACCCCGUUUCUCACUCGCAUUCCUAUGGCCUAUUUAUUUCUACAUCAAGUGUCGCUACCUUUGGUGCGGACAGAACUCUUUUGAUAAAGCAGUUAAUUCAACGAAACUGAAUGGACACACUUUGAUAUUGGAAACCUAGCAUUUGCUAAGCAAGCUGUUAUAUUUUGUAGCUUGAAUGUCUUCAACAUAAGGUUCUAAGGAAUAUAGUCUUACACACAACCCCGUGAAAUACAUAAGUUUGAGAUGACCCACUUACUAUAUCCUUUGCAAGAGUGAUGAACUUUUUUGUACUCUUUAGAUGAGUAAUUACUAGUGAGGUUUCGUACAAAGGGAUAUAGCUAAAAUUAUCCGCAACCACAUCUCGUUUUAAUUGAACAACUACGCAUAAAUCUGGUGAAUGUGUUACAUUACUUUAGAUACUGUACCUUGGGCUAAAAAUAUAUGCGAAACCUCUCUA